AGUGCAGCAUCUUAGUUAGUUGCUGCAUGCUAGGCCACCUCUCAGCAACAAAUAUGAGUAUCAGAAAGGCCCCUAUGCUCCUGAAGAAGGCGGUAACCAUGUGCAAGAGCAAGACCGGCGUGCUAGCGGGCAGACUCCUCGUCCUCGCCUCGCUCCGCCAUAGGAUGGCUAGAGUGGGCGCCAUCUCGCACAAGAUACAAACGCUGAUUGUGGCCGCCGACCAGGCAAAGGUGAGAUUGGACUACCACAAGGCUCUCUUGCUGCGAAAGAUCAAGACGAUGCGGACAAUCAAUGGCGGUGAGAUCAUUGAUCUCCCGCAGCAGUUGGCUCUGUUCGAUAAAGAAGAAAAUGGCGACGACAGCUGCCCUGAUUGGACAUUGCACCCCAUCUUCAAUGACAACGACAAUUGUUGCUACAUUGAGGAGUACGCGGAGGAUGACGACGAGCCGUCAGUAGUGGAUGCAAUCAGGAGCAACCCAGAGUUGGAGGGAUUGGAGUUCAACCUGGACUACGAUAUCGACCAGGCUGCCGAAAUGUUCAUCAUCAGGUUCCGCGAACAGAUGAACAAGAGCUUUUAGGAUCCUGUGUUUGGUAUAUCAACGUGAUCAUGAUGUUUAGGUAGCACUAACGAAGUGAUAGUGGUGGCAGGUGAGAGAGAGGAAUACCAUGGAUAGUCGGAUUCAUGGAUAUGCAUCCCCAAGGAUAGGUAUUUUUGCAGGCCUCGACAAGUU